AUGGAGAUUCAAAACCCGUUUCAAAUCGCUUGGGAUAAAACAGCGGCUCAGUGUUUUCACGACUACUUUUUUGCUAAAAUCUCUGCACAUGGAAGCAAUUUGGCUAUCGUUGAUGUGGAUUCUGGAAAGCAAUGGAGAUAUUCAGAAAUUCGGAAUUGGUGCGAAAUGUGUGAAACUCGUUUAAAAGAGCUUCAGGUAAACUCAAGUAGUCGAGUUGCUGUGAUCACUGGAACUACUGGUCAAGCGAUUUUUGUUCAUUUGGCAUGCUCCAUAAUUGGUUGCUCUGCUGUAGCUGUCAAUGGAUGGAGUACAGUAGAUGAGAUUUGGACUUUGGUGGACCUCUCCGAGGCUACCCAUCUGGUAGUAGAGGGCCAGUUCAUGCAAAAAGCAGAUGAUGUUCGACGAAAAGCACAGAUGAGAGGUGGAGGUAGAAUAAAGCAUGUGAGACAGAUUGAGGAUGUUCUCACCUCUGAAAGAAUUAAUGUGGAUAGUGCCAGAAAACGAUCUAUUGAUGUCAAACAAAAAAGCCUUGGUGCCACACUAGCCGAAGAUGUUGCUGAUAUCACAUCCCCAAUGUCGGAAAUCUCGGGACAGUCUAAAGAGAUAAACGGAGAUGUUGAGAAUGCUGAUGCAGACGAUGCUCAAACUCCAGUUCAACCACUCUCGGGACAGAAUCCAUUGCUGAUUUUGUUUACCAGUGGAACCACAGGACUUGCUAAGGCAGCAGAACUCAGUCACCGUUCCCUUAUCAUCAAUAUCCAACAAAUCAGUUUACCAUUAUAUGGACCAGUUCAAGCUAAAGAGCGCUUCUUGCUGCCACUAUCAAUUGCUCACAUCUAUGGAAUCGUCUCCGCUUAUUAUGCUCUUAUCAACGGUGCAAGUGUCUAUCUGAUCUCGAAACAAACCAAUAAGCUAUUCAUGGAUACACUCGCAAACAACCAGAUCAAUGUAAUGCAUAUAAAUCCCGCUAUCGUUCAUUGGAUGGCCACUGAAGCCAUUGUGGAUGAUAAUAAACUUCCGCAUCUGCGAAGUGUACUAUGUGCCGGCGCCCCAAUUGACUCAAAUUUGGCUAAUACUAUGAAGUCGAGAUUGAGCCUAAAGGAUUUUAGACAAUCUUUUGGAAUGACUGAACUUGGUGGAAUCUGUACUAUGUCUCCAUACCAAGAUGAGAAAAUUGAAUCGGUUGGAAAUCCACUCCCCGGAAUGCUUUUUAAGGUUGUUAAUUGGGAAACUAAACAACUUUGUCCACCUCGUCAACCUGGUCAAAUCAUUGUGCUAGGUCCUCAAGUAUCUCCUUGCUACUAUAAAAAUCCAAAAGCAACAUCCGAGCUGUUUGAUUCGACUGGAUUUGUGAAAACUGGUGACGCUGGGUUUUAUGACGAACUCGGAAAAAUUUAUGUGUUGGAUAGGAUCAAGGACAUUAUCAAAUGCAAGGGAACAUUAAUCUGUCCAUCUGAGGUGGAACUUGUUCUACGUGCACAUCCCGGUAUUGACGACUGCGCGGUUGUUGGAAGACAGGAUCAUGUUACCGGAGAGGUGCCAGCCGCUUUUGUGGUCAAAAAUUCUGGACACCCAUUGUUGGCUUCUGCUGAAGUCCGUCAAUAUGUUUCAGGAAAAAUUGCUACUUUCAAAGAACUUCGUGGCGGUGUAUUUUUCAUCUCUGAGAUUCCAAGAAGUGUAUGUGGAAAAAUAUUGAGAAGAAACCUCCGCCAGUUCUGGGAUAGAGAGCGAACCAAUUCCAAAGUUGUUUCCACAAACACUAAUUACAGUAAUCCAUCAAUUCUUCAGGUGGAUAGUCUCACCAACAAAGAAGGAGCAAAAACAGCUGGAGCUGGGAAAGGUGCGCCUGCAAAGAAAACGAACGGCUCGUCGACUCCAUCAAAGCGUCCAUCAUCUGCCGGAAGACCUCCCAAAAAAUAA